CGUCUUUCCUCAGACACACACACACUAAAAGCAGAAGUCAAGGAAGUCGGGAAAUCAGCGGCGGUCAUGUGACGCUGGUGUGGGCGGGUCUGUGCGUCUGAGCCGGCCAGUAGCAGCGCAGCGUCGGUCCAGGUCCCAGCAGCUCCAUGGGAAAAAAAAAAAAAAAAAGCCGAGAGAGAGGAGACGAAUAACGGUACACACCAACAUUUAUGGAGCCGAAUAUAACCGCACCGCAUGUGUGUCUCCUCCUGUGGUGCAUACAUGAAUAAAAGUCUCCGGGGACGGACGCGGUGAUCGGCGGUUUUAUUGAGGGGAGGGAGGUGGUGGUGGUGGGGGGGACUGAGGAAAAACAAGCGGUCCACCAUUGUCUGCGUAGAAAUAAGAAUGGCCUGGAUGUGGAAGAGGAAGUUGUUGAUCGGCGCCAGUCUGAUCGUGGCAGUGUCGCUCUUCGUGGUGGUGGUGAACUACUCGGAGAAGCCUUACUUCCUCCUGCAGCCGGUGUUCGGUCAGACGUUCAGCAGCCACUGGAUGUUCUCCAAACAGCCGUACAAAGCCUUCAAGCCUCACCUGGGCUAUGUGAGCAUCCCCAAACAGGAGCCUCUGAAGCUGCACUGUGAGCUCUGCAGCAUUGUGUCCAGCUCUGGACAGAUGUUGGGCCAGGGUGCCGGCCCACAGAUCGACCGCUCUCCCUGCAUCUGGCGGAUGAACAACGCACCCACGCGGGGUUUCGAACACGACGUGGGCCAGCGGACCACGCUGAGAGUCGUCUCUCACACCAGCGUCCCCCUGCUGCUGCAGAAGCCCCAGUACUUCUUUGGCCAGGGCAACAACACCGUCUACGUUGUGUGGGGGCCGCUACGAAACAUGAGGAAGGACGGGAAGGGCAUCGUGUACAACAUGCUGCGACAGGCGGCGGAGAACUACCCUCAGGCACGAAUCUACGUCACCACAGAGGACAGGAUGAACUACUGCGACAUGGUCUUCAAGAAGGAGACAGGAAAAGACAGGAUCCAGUCUGGCUCCUACCUCAGCACCGGCUGGUUUACGCUCAUCCUCGCCAUGGACAUGUGCAAAGAGAUCCAUAUCUACGGCAUGAUAAAUGACACAUACUGCAAGACGGAAGGUUACAGAAAGGUUCCCUACCACUACUACGAGGUGGGCAGCCGGGACGAGUGUGCGGAGUAUCUGCUCCACGAGAGCGCCCCCUACGGCGGGCACCGCUUCAUCACGGAGAAGUCUGUGUUCUCCAAGUGGGCUAAAACUCAUGCCAUUAAGUUCUUCAACCCAACUUGGCAGCUGUUAUGACCCUGGCUGAACCAACAUGGAAACAUUACACCACCAUCGUCAUCAUCGUCGUCAUCUGGGCACCAGCUGAAUCACGACACUGACAGAAUACGUGUUCCCUAACAUGUGCGAGCAUCCAUUUUGGCACACUUACACUUCAUAUCUAUUAAAAAAAGGUUGGGUUGCUUGUCACAGCCUGGAUGGCUGUACUUCUUUUUUUUUGUUUCUUUUUGACAGUGGCCACUCAAUCAGACAAACUUUCACUCGAGGUUUGACCAACCCGGACAGCAGAAACAUCUCCUGCUUCUUGAACAUGAAGUCUUUUUCACUUUAAUUUGAAAAGAAAAGUGCUCGCCGCUCAUCACUGACUGUUCGAUCCACUCGCUGCUCUGUGAGUUUAGCAAAGGAUGUCUCGAAGACUAACUUGUAAUAAAAAGGAAAAAAACAACACAAAGUAGAAAAACAAGCAUCCGUCCACUUGCAGUGACCUCUGCAGGCCCUGCACACUGCAGAGGCUUUAUUUAAUUUUCUUUUUUUUUAGUUUUGUAGUUGAAGAACAGCUCCACUCCUGCAGAGAGACAAGUCACGUUGCCAUGGACGUCUGAGUUCGCCUACUCUGUUUCCACUGGAUGUCUGUCUUCUUCUGUCAGGCUGUAAUUAAUCUAUAACAAGCAUCAUUCAGGCCUUCAUUUCAGACUGACGGAGUACUGAAGGCAGGUUUCAAUUUACUCUGCUCCGUCAAAGGAAGCUCCGACAAACAAGAUCUUUUUGAAAAAGAAAACAAGUUUUCUUUGGAAGGUAAACCAGAUGUGUAGUUGUGACUCAGCAUUUUUUAUCCUUGGUUGUGUCACACAACUUAAAGAUGUCAGCCUGUUUUGUUUUUUCUUUUCUAAUGCUGUGAAAUUGACUGAAGAGACAUGUUUUGGUUGUUGGCUUGAUGUCCGGAUGGGUUGAUAAUUUAUUCUGCAGAGAUAGGAUCCUAACGCUCUUUUAAACAUGUGCCAUUGACAAUGUGAGUAUCACAGCACAGAGAGCAAUGUGCAAUUAGAAACUCCAUCCUUACGGAAGGAGUUGAAUCAUUUGAGACCCUGCAUGGGAGAGAUUUAUGUGUGUCGUGAAACCAUUUGGAGUUAAUUGUAUUCUAUUAUCAUUUUGUGCCUGCAAUAUACUUGGCAGUCCAUUGUGUGUGUGUGUGUGUGUGUGUGUGUGUGUGUGUGUGUGUGUAUGUAUAUGUAUAUGUAUAUGUAUAUAUGUGUAUAUAUAUAUAUAUAUAUAUAUAUGGAGAGAGAGAGGAAGGUUCUUUUGCUCAUAUUUACAUCCAGCUUUGUGCCUCUUUGUGUACAGUAUCGCCGCAUGAACACAUCUUCCCAUUUGUCUUUGAACGUUGCGUGCGUGUCUCGUGGUUUGGUCGGUUGCAUUUGAAUGUUACAGGACAGUGAAAAAUCAUCAGUGAAGUGCUGAGGUGUGGAGGUUGGCUGUGUAGCUGUGGAGGGCUGAGACACUCUUGCUGUGACCAUGACUCCACCCGUCCACCCCCCGAGGAUGUGAUUAGUGUCCCGGUCAAAGCCGUGGCCCAGAGGGGAGGACUGGAAGGAUUCAAAGACUUCUAAUUUAGGCGAUUUAUUCACAAGGUCCCUGACGACUGUUCUGCAGCUGAGCUUCACAGUUUCACUCUUACUGCAGAGUGCUGUUCGCUAUCACACUCCUUUAUGGGCAUUGAUUUGGUGAUUUACAGGUCAAAAGACAUGUAAACUGGCAGGUUCUUGGUUGACUUGGAUGUAGCUACCAUUGAGGACUCUGAAGUGCAUAGAACGGUUUGCACAGUAUAGUGUUGUGAGGAUUUUAUCAGCCAAUUACAACAACUUUUAGACUCUUGGGCCAAUUAAUAAAUUUAGAAAUCAAAGUUUCAGCAGUUUCCCCCCCCAGGAUGGCACUUUGUGACCUGGCAAACUUAGAUCUUCUUGUUGCAAAGCAACAAAUGUAGAAAACAUAACUGAACAGUUGACUGAACAAAUAUACAAAAUAAUAAAAAUGAAGAGUAACUUUUUUAGUUUUGGGUCCAAAUUAUCUGAGGGUGGUGGCUGUCUACAGCUCUGUGUCUAAGUUACCUAUAACUAAUAUUUCAACAGCAUUCAAACAACUAUAAUUUAGUGCAGUCCAGGUCCUAACUACACAUUGAAACAUAUUUUUGUGCUGUAGCACAAAUUGUAUGCUAGACCGGUAGUCUCUUUCCAUCCUGUCAUUCACUCUCAUGCAUGUUCACAAUAAUUUCCUUGCCGUCUUUAUCCGCGGCCGUCAAUCGUGUCAUCACUUGGUCAUAUCUGUCCAAUAGCAAAGUGGCACACCAUGAUUGUUAGCCAGUCAUAUUACUGCUUCAAGUCUUCAAGUACGGUUGUCUCUCUAUGCCUUCAGUAAGUUCAUGCUUAUGUAAUGCGUACCCGUCCACCCACCUCCCCAUCUCUGCCCAGUUUUUGCAGAUUCAGCUUCAGCUUCAUCAUUUCAUUCUCCAUCAGCUUUAGCAGAGUCAUCAGCCGCCACCACCCAGGUCUGCACUACUACUGGGGUGAUCUGUCUUGCUGCUAUUCGGUGCCGUUGCCCCUCUAUCAUAAAAAUCUCCCUGUAGAGUGAAAGACUUAAUCAUCACACAUCAUCUGUUAAUAAACAUUCAUCUGUGCGUCCGUCGCUUUUCUCUCCUCUCCUGUCUGAAAUGACUCACCCUUUUUCCACCACACAAACAUUUUUUAGGUAGACUUUUUGUACCUGUGCUCGACUGGUCAGUCAAACAGCCUCAGGCGGCUCCAACAUGUGUACAACAUUCAUUCGCACAGGAAGCAAACAAAUCAUCCAUUUCCCCGCUCAACUAUAAAAAAAAAAAACCCCAACAUAACAAACCGUAAAAAUUGCAUCUCAAACAAACACAUCAUGUGUUGAUCGAUCAUCAGUCCAAUUUUACUGUUCUUCAGAUGGAAGCACAAACAGAAAUGUGCAGCACAGUUUUUCAUUUUGAGUUGUUUGGUUCAUCUUUUGGUUGAAAAGGAGAUGAUUACCUUUUCAAAUGAAUUUAGCUAUGAUUGUUUUGCCUAAACGUGCCAUGGAGGGAAGAUUGUGAAACUUAAAUAUAAAAGCAGAAAAAGCAAAUAUGCAGAGGAAUGUUUUUAGAUUUAUUCCAGUUUUCAGGGUGUUAAUUCACGCGUCUAUUUUGACCUGUAAACAACCAAAACCUUUUUGUGUGUCAGCUUUAUGUUUGGGCACAUUUCUGGCUCAUCGAGCCUGAUCUCUCUGUUUUCUAGACAGAGCAAGGCAACCUCAGCAGUACUUAACAAGACUGUCCUACAACUCAGAACUCAUUUUAAGUCAACAUAGCUGACAAGAGCAUCAUCAAAAUGUAAAAAUGCCCUAUUUUAAAUUCCUCCCGGUGCGGCUCAGCGGCUAGGCGGCGGCCGCAACGCAGGCAGGGUCAUGGCUCCGAUUUCCCCUGGGACGACGUGCUGGAGAGGUACGCUGCAUCUCAGCACUGUGAGCAGCUGCGGAUCAAAGUAUCCAUCACACGAUAUAUGUAAAGCAGAAACGUCUCAUAGUAUUAUUUUUUUUUCUCCUCAGAAAGCCUGAAGAUAAAAUCUGGGCCCUAGGAAGAGUUCAAAUAUAUAUAUAUUUUUUUUUACUGUUCCUGUGGGAAAGUAGCCCUUGAUACUGAUGCGUGAAACUAUACAGUAUGCCAUGCAUGUUACAUGACUAAAAAACAUCUUUUAUACAUUUGCCACUCACAGCCUGUGAUUGUGCAGUCAGCUGGCAGCUCUCCACCAAUCAGUUUCACCUCUGCUGUACAGUACAUCCGCCAUAAAAUGUAAAGCACUUCGCAUCAAGAUAAGACAUGAUGUUUUCGCUGGGGGGACAUGUUUUGGAUGCGUUAUGGUGCAUUAUUUAAACACGUGUGUUUACUCACAGUCAGAAGAAGAGCGCUGUGUUGCUUCUGCUCAUCUUUCAUCCUCCUUUCUGAAAAUAUUGUCAUUUUGUUGUUGUCGGUGCAGUGCUAUGUGUGCAGCAUUGUUUUUUGUUUUUUUGUUUUUUUUACUGCUGCAGGUCGUGUGUUUCUGCUGCUUCAGGCUCUACGUUAUUUUCUGACCAACAAACACUCCAUUGUUCUCAGCCUGAACACCCGUGGACGUAUUGUACAGUACAUUAUGAAGAAUAGGCUCCAGUGAAUCAUCUAUGGCUCACACUAUGAAUAAAAGUGCAAGCAGCAUGGGAGAGACAAUAUUUGAUAUUUUUUUAUUUUAAGGGAUACUUUUUUUUUUUCUUUUUUUUGCCAAUUGUUAGAUGAAAUAUUAGAUGAUAUCACUCUCAUAUCUGUCUGUAAAUGUGAUGCACUUAGCUUAGCACAAAGACUGGAAAACAGAAGGAAAACAGCUCGCCUGCCUCUGAGCCAGGGUAACAAAAUCCACCUCCAUGCACCUCUAAUGCGCACUAAUUAACAUAUCCUCUGCUUAAUGUGUACAAAAAGUAAAGUGUAAAAAAAAAAAAAAAAGAAAUGUGCCAGACUACUCAUUGGCUUUGAGCUGUUGCCAGGCAACCAGCUGAGACUCCAGGAAGUUACUGUUCCUGGGCAGGAAAGAGUUUGACAUGCCAUCAUAUUAUUAUCCUCUGUAACUCACCUUUCAUCCUGAAUGUCUUUCAUCUGUCGAUCUGAAGAAUUGAAGCACGUUCCACUACAGCAGCUGCUUUUAGAAAUCAUUAAAUAUAAACAGCGCUUUGUGAGUGCAGAAAAAUGCAGCACCACAGGUACUUAUUUUUCCAGCUUUUAAGUUGAACUCUAAAAACUGUCGGUCCUCCUGUUUUCCACAGACACGUCUGAAUCAUAGACAGUAUUAAUCAUGGAUGUCGUAUCCGUGACGUCACCCACAGGUUUCUGAAUUGUAGUGGCCCUGGCCGUCACCAUGUUGGCAGUCCUGCAUCUGCCACCGCACCUGCUGAAAUUCACCCUCAGUACAGUACAGAAUGUGGAAAUUAGCUAUAGAGACCAAAACAGUUUUUUGUACCAGGCAUGUUUAUUUCUGCUGUGAAGUUGGACAUUUGAACAUGGGGACUUAUGGAGACUGACUUGUUCUGUAGCCAGCCUCAAGUAGACGUUUGAGGCACUUCUACAUUGGUUUUACUUCACAGCCAGGGAGGGUUACCGCUUGGUCUAAUGGACUUUUUCUGUCGAGCCAUGACACAUUGCAUAUAUGUUAUACUGAUGGGAAAUGGUAUACAUUAAAUGUAAAGAAAAAAAAAAUGACUGUGUGACAAAUGAAGCAAAUCUCAGCAUACUGGUGACAAAGGCUUGAUCCUUACUUUGUAGUUACAAAUGUUACUGGAACAGCUCACUUCAACUUGUUUCCAGUCUUUGUGCUAAGCUGUAGCUCCAUAUUUACUGUACAGCUAUGAGAGAGAUAAUUAAGUGCAUUUCCAUGUUGACCUUUUCUUUUAAUGACAUUUUUUGCCUCAAUAUUUUGUUCAUUUCACAUCCUGGUUCUUUUGUUUUCAUCCAGAGCUUGAACGGAUGAUUUAAAAAAUGGUUUAAUUAAAUGUUCUGAGCAGCGAAUUGGAAAAGAUUUCAUCCAUCCUCAAACCUGAAACAAACUCUACUUUGUGCAUCUUUGUACCUUGCUGUAUAUAUGCAAAUGACACACGCACACACACACGAAAAACACAUUGUCCAGCGUCUUGUCCUCAGCUGCUCUGCGGUGGAAAGUAUAACUCAAAGUUACAAAGCUAUUUGAAGGUCAUUUCCCUUAAAACAGAGCUUUUUUUUAAAAAAAAGAUAACUGAUUAAAUUGUCUCGAGGUCUGUGGAACAAAGAUGUGAAUUUCAUUAUUCUGCUUAAAAUGCUCUCAUUUUUCUCUUUUUUCCUCCUGUGAUCAGUCGAGGUAAUUACUGUAAUUCUGUUUUAGAGCUGAGCGUUCAGAUUUUAAAGAACUUUUGAUUGUCUGUCUGACUUCACCUUAAAAACCUCAGUAGAUCACUACGUAGCAUUUUAUUCUGUCCCUCUCGACUGUUGUACUUGUUGCCAUUUUCCCAAAUGCCUCAAGUGCUUUUAUUACAUUGAAUUUUAUUUCUUCCUUUUUUUUCCCUGUGUGCAUGUCUUGCUUUUAUUUCUGUGUUGUAAAGCACUUUCCUUUUUCAUUUUCAGGUCAAGUGUCCUUGUGAAACGCAUAACUUUGGGUGUAUGUUAAGUUACAUAGAAUGUAAUAUAACACUGAGGUUGUUAUAAUGAGUUUUUUUGUUUUUCUAACACGGCUAACACACAUUUUAAUUGUGGUGAAAUAACAUCCAAAUGCUGCAUGGAUUAUUGCAGGUUAUUGAAAUGUACAUUUUUGUUCAAAACAACAACAGAAAAAAAAGUAGUGUGUGUAUUAUUCUGUCAUUAGCUGUCUACAUAUUAGUUAAACUUAGAUAUAUUGUGAAUGUUCUUAUUUUUUACCAAUGUGGAUUCUCUGUGUCUUCUAUUCUCUUUGGGGAUUAAAGAAAUCCUAAAACCCUG